UUCGCUCCUUAUUUAUAACCGUCUGUCCGCUUUAGCUGUCUGUUUACUAGUCAUCUCCCUACAACCACAACUACGGAGGCCGUAUUUGGACAAAAAGGCGUCCAAUUCCCGGCCGUCCUGCUGCUCAGAGCAAUGGAGGGGGUCACAGUGGGCCAGGUAUUCGAUGCCGAAUGCAUCCUAAGCAAGCGGCCGAGAAAGGGGAAGUUCGAGUAUCUUGUCAAGUGGAGAGGGUGGUCGUCCAAGCACAACAGUUGGGAGCCAGAGGAGAAUAUUUUGGACCCGAGGUUACUGGCAGCCUUUCACAAAAGGGAACAAGAGCGAGAAAUGUUGUUCCAAAAGAAAGGAAAGAGGCCGAGAGGACGACCACGCAAGAAUCCUCUUCCCGUUCCACCCACCGCUAAAGACAGCCGCUCGUCUUCCUCGUCGUUCUCCGGUGUGUCUUCGUCGGCGGCGUCAUCGUCUGAGGAGGAAGACGAGGCGGAGCACGAGCACAAAAAAGUAGCGGCGGGCCCCAGGUUGCAUCCCGUCCCCCAGAAGAGGCCUCAGAUCCUCCCCGCCAAAGCAGAGCCUCCUCGCAAGAAGCGCAGCCGGAAACCACUUCAUGCCGACAUGGGCGCGCUGAGGCACGUCAAAAGCAGAACGCCGCCCGUGCCACCGGGCCCGAGCCAUCACCAGCUGCUGCCAGGGUUCCUACGCAAGUAUGGAAAGAUGGAUCCUCGGUCGGGGUUAAAGAAGCCGCUGCAGCCAGCGAGCUUCACCUACACCGGACUCGGCAGGACCACCAGAGACCACCACGGUGCCUCUUCCCAGGGGUCUGCUUUCUCUCAGGUGUCGUCGUCCAAAGCGGGCUGCGUUUGGAGCAGUCCCACGCCGGCGUCCUCGCCGCCUCUCAGCAAAGGAAGCAGCUCACCGCAACGGAAGACGUCGCACGGCGAGUUCAAACGCUCCAUGUCGGGACCGGCGGUUGGACGGGGUGACUCCCUCAAAGGGUCGCCGCCACCUUUAAGAGCCGUCUUCGGGGGCGGACAGACAACAACGCAGCGCACCGCACCAAGUCCAAGGAGGCAGGAUGCCCAUGCCGGUCACACAGGUCUUCUCCAACACAAGCGAGCUCUCCCCAAGUCGCCGUCGUCAUCACAGCGGACGACCAGUCAGACCCUUGGCCUGCGGGCGCUGAACCUACAAAGCGUCACCAAGACGUCGCCCGCCAGCCACAGUGGUGCAUUGGUACGUUCCGGCGCGGCGGUACGUGCCAGUUCGCGGAGCGGCAGCCUUGUGGUCAUCAAAGACACUUGCCUGACACCUGAAAGGCAGCGUCCGGUCCUACCCGCAGGGGCCGCCGUCGACAAAAACAGGAAAGACAUGACGCUAGCAGGCGGCGGUGGCCGGCAGGACGAACGCAAGUCUACCCGCAGCCUCAACGAGCUCAGCACGGGCGACUCCGACGACAGUAGCAGCAGCGAAUCGGAGCGGGACGCCGCCUCGUAUCCUAGCAACAGUCGGCCCAGCCUGGGCGACGCCGCCACCGAGUCGGAUGCCGAGACGGACUGGCGCCCCACGCGGAACCUUCUGGAGCAUGUUUUUGUCACAGACGUCACCGCCAACUUCAUCACCGUCACUGUUAAAGAGUCGCCCACUAGCGUCGGCUUCUUCAACCCGCGCAACCACUAGCCGCCGUAGUCGCGAUGCUAAUUGACGGCGUGGUGGUCGAACUGCCAAAUUGUAACAACGUACUGGGUAAUGCGUUAAGCUACUACCAGAGUGUGAAAUUAACACUUGAGACUGAACGCGAAUGGCGUCUGCUUCAUUUAAGCGCUUGCCCCUUUCACGCAACCUGUUAAAAGCCACUGCUGCCUUUUCCGUGCUACUUCUCAAAGCCACACGCAAUUAAUGGCGAUGUAAUUAGCUAAAGACCCAAAGCAGCAGUGGCCCGUGAAUAAGGCAAGUGAGUAAUUUUCACAGUCAAAGAUCAUAUUUCUAAAGUGAGACUCUAAUAAUACUUUUUUUGUCGUUGACAGUGAUGGCCAACCAAUCCGUUUUGACUAGUCUUACCACUGUCAAAUGUAGCAAAGGCCUUUUCACAGUAGCUCAAGAGGGCAGCGUAAAAGGGGCAAACGAAGGAUUAGCGGCCAUGGCGCCAACUUUUUCCAUCACAGACGGUUUUCCAUUUGCGCCAAUAAAACAGGAAGUUCUCAGUGCCUCAGGUUCCAGUACACAUGCUACAAAAACUGAACUAAUGUGAUCCGAAAUUUGUAUAUUCGACUGUUGUGUUUGCUUUUUUUGUGUUUGGACCAAAGGUGCUAUGAAUGUUAUUUAAUUGUUUAAUUAACAGUAUUACACACAUUAUUGAUCUUUUAAUUUAUACUGUAAAUAUCUUUCUAGCCACCUCAUCCUGACCUGACUGUGUGCCUCAUUUUUCAAUUUAUGUCUUUCAAAUAAAUCAUGGUUGUGCCUAGUGGUGAAGAGGCGUGUUGAUGGUGUUCGCCUGCUGCUACAGCAGGUGGCGCCGUCGGACU